AGCAGACGUGAUGUGAUGACCCUACGUCUAUAGACUAUUACACACUUUAAGGUCUCACCCCGAAAGUAGGCUAGUCUUUGACGAAAGCAGCCUGCAUGAAUUACGUGGAUGUACUGUAGGCUUGUGAUUUUUGCUGCCUGCAAUAUAUGACGGGCGUUUAGACCGCGUGUCAUCUCUCCACUAGCGAGAGAGUAGGUUGAAUCUUUAGGACUCUUCACUGUAUCCACCUGAGACAGUUAUCUGUCAGUAAGAAGCCAACGAAUGAGGUUCUACACACAUCAGCAUCACCGCAGGUGUAUCUGCAGCAGCACGUUGGAAUCUACACAUCGUACCGCAUCGGCACGGCACCAUACCUGUGCGCACCGUAAGCAUUGUGAUAGGGGGUGUUGGUGGUCUAUGAAUGUGGCCGAGCGUGCCCCCCACCACCACACCUGCCUGUGCCCGUGGGGACUAUGCGCUGCACAACCCUGAAUGCACUGGCCGGUGGUUUGCGAGAACAGGGAGGGGGAUGGAGCGGCAGCAGGGGGUCGAGGGGGGCGAAGCAUGCCACCUCCCUUCCGCAUCGCUGUGAUGGGGGCGCAAGGCGUGGGCAAGACUGCCAUCGUGCAGCGCUUCCUCCACGAUGACUACAGCGAGGCGCCCGCCCCUGCAACCAUCCGCGCCCGCCGGGUCCACCUGUCUGCGGCUGUGCUCAAUGGCCACGUGCACGACCUGCAGAUCACCGACUAUCCUGCCAUCACCAUCUUCCCCGGGAACUCACUGCAGGAGUGGACAGACACCUGCUGCCGAGGCAUCCGCAGCGCUCACGUCUACAUCCUGGUCUAUGACAUCUGCUGCUUCGACAGCUUUGAAUACAUCAAGACAAUGCGCCAACAGAUCCUAGAGACCAGGGUGUUGGGCACAGGCGAUAUGCCCAUCCUGGUCGUGGGGAACAAGCGGGACCUACAGCGGGGGCGUGUAAUCCCCCGCCACAACGUGUCUGACCUGGUGAGGAAAAACUGGAAGUGCGGCUAUGUGGAGUGUUCAGCGAAGUUCAACUGGCACGUGCUUCUGCUGUUCGGGGAGGCUCUGCGCAGUGUGGGCUGUGCCCGCUGCAAACACGUCCAUGCAACCAUCCGCUUCCAACGGGCACUGAGAAACGAACGCUGUGCCCUCAUGUGAUUUACACAGUGACAGUGGGUGGGCACUGGAGUGGCAUUGAGGGCCAUUGGUACAGUAAACCUCCCUAAGACCACCUGAGAAGUAUUGAUGGACCACCAUGACUGACCACAAUGAAUGACCACGUUUCUGUCCCAUGUGAAGCUACAGUAUUAACAUAUAACAGCCCUCUGUUUUGCUGCUAUUAUCGGAUUUGAUCAGGGAUGGAGAGUACCACCCUAUCCAUCUUUGUAAAGUAUCUUUGAUCUUUUCUUGACUUGGAGGCAGCUAAACCAACCCAAAACCCCUGGUUGUACAAUUCUGAACUCGUCCAAGUGCACUAAAGGAACUUUCCAGCAUCUGGGAGUCGCUUCAGACAGACAGAUUGGCAUAUGUUGUUUGACUCACCUGGAUGUUGAUCGAUGUAUGACAUUGCUAAUGUAAAAGCCCUGUUUGGAGUGGGAUUGAGGCUGACAUCUGCUGAUGCAUUAUCUUUCUCUGCUCUGAUAUGUCUUGAAGGUGCACACUUGAUCAUAUAAUCCCCAGAGGUAGCAAUACGAAUUCCAUACACACCAAUCUCAAAUUUAAAAAAAGCAAAAGAUAAAAACUGUCAUUCAAUUUACGCCAAUAGCAAAAUACCCUCUCCUUUAGUCCUCUGAAACCAAAACAAACCACCAUAGGGACAGUGUCCCACACAGUGUUUAAGCUUCUAGUAGCUUACAAAACACUGAACAUUCUCACCAGAGAACUUCUGUUUCAUUUACUGAGAAAACCUCACUUUUUACCUCAGUGUUUCCUAGUCUUGGUGAAGCUUUAAGCGAGCCCAGUGAAUUUCAAAGUGGAUGGUGUGAUUCUGUUAUAUGGAGUAAUCCAAUCCAGUCCACUUUUACGCUCCACUCGCAAACAAAAACAACUGUGUACAUCCUAAAUCUACAACUGUAGAAGCACAUAAGGGUGUUUAUAUACAUAUACCUACAAACACAACUCAGACCAAACCCCUGAUAUGAGACUUAAUAAAUAUAAGGUCUAAAUGUAAUAAAAUACUUGAGAGGCUAGACGUGGUUGCCAACAUAUCGGCCUGUUCAGGUUCUCUGAACUGCUAAAUACAGCAAUAAAUGAACAUGCCAUUCCUGAAUCAUAGUAACCUUUGGUAAAACAGUCAUCUAGAAAAAAUGUAGGAAUAAGGGGGAACAAAAGGACACACUUGUUCCUAUAAGGUUGUAUUCAAUGAAAGGAGAAAUACUGUUAAAGAAUACAAUGUAGAUACAGCUAGCCUACCUGACUAUAGCCACUUGUUUGAGUGGAACUAAAUUAAUAUGGUACUAUAAGAAGAUAUUCUUAUAUUCCCCUGUAGCUCAGUUGGUAGAGCAUGGCGCUUGCAACGCCAGGGUUGAGGGUUCGUUUCCCACGGGGGGCCA